CAAUUGCAUGUAGAAUGAGGAAGAGGAGACAGAGGCUGAAGCUGAAGAGUUCAGAGCUAAACCGGAGUCAUUGGAACCAAAGUUAGACACUUGAUUCAUACAUCCGCCCUGUCGUCGGUGCAACCUGGAGAGAUGUUGCGCUUCUGGUGCGUCAACUUUAUGCAGCGACACCAAACAGUGCUGAACUUUGCGCUGUUGGUGGUCGGUUACAUUCUCUACCUGUUGAUCGGUGCUGGAAUUUUCUCUGCCAUCGAGAUGCCGUAUGAGCACGACCUGCGGCAGGAGCUGAAGGAGGCUCGAGAGGAGUUCCUGAAGAUCAACUUCUGCGUGUCCGACGAGCGGCUGGAGGAGCUGCUGGCCCGAGCGCUGCAAGCCAGUAACUAUGGCGUCUCGGUGCUGGGCAACGACACUGACCGCAACUGGGACUUCGUGUCAUCGCUGUUCUUUACCAGCACCGUGCUGACAACAACAGGUUAUGGCCACAAUGUUCCCCUGUCAGACGAAGGCAAGGCCUUCUGCAUCUUCUACUCAAUAUUUGGAAUCCCUUUGACUCUGUUUUUUCUCUCUGCUGUCGUGGAGAGGAUCAUGAUUCUGGUCUCCCGAAGACCAGUGUCCUACUUCCACCGCCGAUGGGCCAUGUCUAAAUCCAGACUAGCUGCCAUCCACGCCGUUUUCCUCACCAUCAUCGCAACCCUGUUUCUUCUCAUCAUUCCUGCGUGGUUCUUUAUGGAUUUGGAGAAAGACUGGAAUUAUCUGGAGUCUUUAUAUUUCUGUUUCAUCUCUCUGACAACUAUUGGCCUUGGGGAUUAUGUCCCUGGAGAGACUCACAGUAAAGAGGACAACCCACAUCCAGUGUUCUACAGAUUGAUCAUUACGUGCUACCUGCUGAUAGGAGUGGUGUGUAUACUGGUGGUGCUGGAGACAUGCUGUGAGCUCCCACAGAUGAGACAUCUUAGACAGAGGUUCUACACAGAGCAGGUGCGGGAGCUGGACUCCGAGACAACCAACAUCAUCGAAACAGAGCAGAACAUGGAUCAGCAGUGUGAUGGGACGACAGACACCCUACCGGCCAUCUCGUCUGUGUCAGAGCAGGCUGCAAACCUACGACAGCACAAUAAUUCACCUCCCUACACUCCAGUUAUAGAAUCGGAUGUAAACGGUAAACUUAGAUGAGUGACGAUGGGAGUUUACUGUCGACCUUUACUGACUGUGUGCAAUGCUCCAGCCCUACCUCAGUGGAGACGUUUAAGAUGCCUGAGAAGAGAAUGCUUUCUGCCAACAUCAACAGGCAUGUGCGUAAAAGCAGGAACUACCCACAGAUAAUCGAAUCAGGUUUUUUUUUUCUUGUUCUUCCCAGCCGCUCCAUUCCCUGCUGAUAAAAAUGUUAUCUACUGCACAGAGGAAGGGCUGGACCCCCAAACAGAGGGAAACCUCACAGCUUUCCACUUCCUUCCAGUUACACAGAGCUCUGCACUCAUUUCAACCCAGCAGAGGAUUUCACACUCCCUUUGAGCAUAGUUUGAGCUGUAGUAGCAUUUGCAUAAAAACAUUCCCUUUUUGGAAGCCGCAGAGCUGGGAGAUAGAGACUCCUAGUGGACAUUACAGAGAAGACUUCAUGAUAAACAGUACACAUCCGUAAACCUACCACCAGAGGGCAGCGCCUUCCUGUUAUACAGAUAUAAUAUGACCGAUUUAAUGGAAGUAUUUAGGGUGAGAAAAACAAUUGAACAAAGAAGUUUUAAUGUCCACAUACAGGUGAUUUAAAGUCAUGUACAGUUUAUGGACGGAGGUGUUUUAUGGCCGCACCACGGCCGUUUGCAUUUUAAUUUAAUUGUUUUAUGGCUUUUAAUCAGAAGCAGAACUUUGUAAAGGCAGUUUUUUUUAUGGAAAUCGAAUUAUCUGUCUGAAUGACGUACAUGUCAUGCAACAUUAAACAUGAUGAAGCUGAUCAUCCAUAAAAAUGUACAUAAAUGUGGGGUUUUAUUUAUACAGUGUAAUAUUCACAUAAUAUUUGGAGACAGACUGUACAUGCAGACCAACGCGGAAGCACACAUUCAAACAUGCAUUCACAUUUACGAACAUUCCAAAAAAAA